CUCUAUCUGGCAGCUCUAACAUAACCUGAAACAACCCAUUGAUAAUAGCACUUAAACCCACAUCGCCGGCUGUGGCAACAAUUAAAAAUUUAUUUUGCGAAAUAGCAAUAGAUUUUAUAAAAAAUCAUAUGGACGGUGUAAAUUUAUUCACACAAUUUGUGGCUCAACACAAACCACAGUUAGAGUCAUCGGGUGUGCCACAGCAUUUUUGGCAGUCUUUGCAUCGAAAGCUAGUAAAAGAAACUUUCGAUGCUGGUAUUUUUCUUCAAUUAUUACUCAUUGAUUAUGAAGGUGAUGAUCAAGAGAACACACUUGAAACAGGAGCGGUAGGUGAUACCAACAAUAAAACACUACUUGUCGCUGAGGAGCCCCGUCCAAGGUUUGCUCUUUCUGUUGCAUGUGAAGAAGGCAUUAAGGCCAAAGAUCCAGAUGCUAUAUAUCUCAUUGAUCACGCAUGGACAUAUCGUGUGAACUAUGCUAGACAGCAGUUGGAACAGCAUGAGCAACUUACCGAUCGUAUGUGUGCUAUAAUGGGUGUUGAUAUAGAUGAUGAAGAUCGUAUUGAUCAGAUUUUAGUAAAAAUGUGGCGUUACUGUCAUUCCUAUACAAUUGCCACAAAUGGUCUCUCAGAUGAGGAACGUCUACCCAUUUGGUAUGUGAUGGAUGAAGUUGGUUCAGCUAUAACUCAUUCAGAUGAUCCCAAUUUCCGCUUGGUUCCAUUUUUAUACUUGAAUACUCAAACCACAUACAGUCUUUUGUUUCCCAUUCGUGAUUGCGAUUAUGAAGAGCAAGUAACCCGUGAUUUUGUUGAGUAUGUUAGCAAACACACUGCUGAUCGUGAUGCCUUAUUGCUGCCUUGGCGUGCAACUGACUUACGUGAGCACAGUUUCGUGCAGGUCGAACCUGAUGCAGAAUACUUUUCAAGUGGUCACAUACCAGAAUCGUAUCCCGAAGGUGAUAUUGCCACAUUAGAGCCUCGGGUAAAUCGUAAUCAGCCACUGAAAGUCUACAGUGAAUAUGAUGUAGUUAGCAUGCAUCUCACAGACUCGUGCUUCCAAUUAGUAGCUAAUGAAUCUGAAGCCGAUGUGCUUUGGUUAACUCACCACUAUAAAAAUUUUGCUGAGUUGGCGCAUAAUACGCCCAAUAAGUUUAUUAAUCAAUUUCCAUAUGAGUACGUUUUGACUAUAAAAGAUUUAUUAGCAAUCACUGGUAGACGUACAGCAAAACAACACCACAACCCUGAUACACUGGAAACGUAUCCUCGUUGGUUACCAACUACAUUUAACUUGAAAACUGAGUUACUACAAUUUGCGUCAUAUUAUCAGCAUCGUGUUGCCAAAGGUCUCGAUAACCACUGGAUAGUGAAGCCAUGGAAUUUAGCGCGUGGCUUAGACACUCACAUUUCGGACAGCAUUGUACAAAUUGUGCGACUUCCAAUCACAGGGCCAAAAGUUGCUCAAAAGUAUAUCGAACGCCCAGUUCUAUUUAGACGCUCCGAGUUGGACGCCGAGGUGAAAUUUGAUAUACGUUAUGUGAUACUUGUUAAGAGUUUUCAACCUCUCGAGGCUUACGUACAUAGGAAAUUCUUUUUACGUUUUGCGAAUAAAUCUUUCAGUCUUAACAACUACGACGAUUAUGAACAACACUUCACUGUGAUGAACUAUCACGAGGAAGCGGAACUUCGUCAUAUCAAAUGUGAAGAUUUCUUAAGUCACUGGAAGGAGCAGUAUCCCGCGUACGAUUGGCCGAUAAUCGAGAGGGAGAUAUGUAUGAUGUUACAUGAAGUGCUAUCUUGUGCAACCAAAAAAUCGCCACCAUGCGGUAUACCACCUUGUCAACAAUCGCGAGCUUUAUAUGCUGCAGAUAUAAUGCUUUCUUGGGAAAGGUCUAAUGGAAAUGAAAGAGAUCGCAUGCAGCCGAAACUGCUGGAAAUUAACUGGACGCCUGACUGUAAGCGAGCGUGUGAUUAUUACCCUGACUUCUUCAAUGAUAUAUUCAAAUUGCUAUUUCUCGGCGAACAGAAUAAUGAAAGUUUUUUGCAAUUAGAAGGAAAUACAUAAAUAUUCUGACACAAAAGUAUUUGAGAUGAAUGCAUUUAUCUCUAGAAUUAUGGAUAUUAACAAAAUAUGUAACAUCAUUUUUGCUACUUUUUCUAAAUUAGUUUCAUUGAAAUACAUUUGAAAAAUUA